GGCGGCGGUGGCGGCGACGGCGGAGGCUGCGGGUCCCCGGCGGCCUCUGCCGAGCGCGCGCGCAGCCAUGAGCGAGUCCAGCGUCAAUGCGCUCCAGUCCGGCAGGCCCCCCAGGCAGCCGGUGGUCCACCAAGAGAAUCAGUCGGUGGAAGGCUUCUCCUCGCCACCUGUGAACUUCCUGCAAGAAUUGCCAAGCUACCGCUCGGUGGCCCGCAGGAGGACCACCAUCCUUCCCCGGGACAAGCAGAGCGGCACCCUGCUGAAGCCCGCCGACUCCUACGGCUCCCACCUGGAGGGAGGCAUCACCAAGAACCUCAGCAGCCAGUCCAUCCGCAAGUACGCGCUCAACAUCUCCGAGAAGCGGCGACUGAGGGACAUUCAGGAGACCCAGAUGAAGUACCUGUCUGAGUGGGAUCAGUGGAAGCAGUACAGCAGCAAGUCUUGGAAGCGGUUCCUCGAGAAGGCGCGCGAGAUGACCACCCACCUGGAGCUGUGGCGCAAGGACAUCCGCAGCAUAGAAGGGAAAUUUGGCACUGGAAUUCAGUCCUAUUUUUCCUUCCUGCGGUUCCUGGUGUUGCUGAAUUUGGUGAUAUUUCUGAUCAUCUUUAUGUUGGUCCUGCUCCCUAUCUUGUUGACCAAAUACAAAAUCACCAACAGCACCUUUGUGCUCAUUCCAUUAAAAGAUAUGGAUAUCCAGUGCACCAUAUACCCCAUAAGUAGUUCUGGACUUACUUACUUUUACAGUUACAUCAUAGACUUGCUUUCUGGCACUGGUUUCUUGGAGGAGACCAGCCUCUUUUAUGGACAUUACACCAUCCAUGGUAUAAAGUUCCAGAACUUCACCUAUGAUCUGCCCUUGGCUUACUUGAUAAGCACAAUUGCCUACCUGGCCCUGAGCCUCCUUUGGAUCGUGAAAAGGUCGGUGGAAGGGUUCAAAAUCAAUCUGAUUCGGAGUGAGGAGCACUUCCAGAGUUACUGCAACAAGAUCUUUGCGGGCUGGGACUUCUGCAUCACCAACCGCAGCAUGGCGGACCUGAAACACAGCAGCUUGCGGUAUGAGCUCCGAGCGGAUCUGGAGGAAGAAAGAAUACGGCAGAAAAUAGCUGAAAGGACCUCAGAAGAAACGAUACGCAUUUACUCUUUGAGACUGUUUUUGAACUGUAUUGUUCUGGCUGUUUUAGCAGCAUGCUUCUAUGCCAUCUACAUAGCAACUAUCUUCUCCCAAGAACACAUGAAGAAGGAAAUCGACAAGAUGGUUUUUGGAGAGAACCUCUUGAUAUUGUACCUACCAUCCAUUGUGAUCACGUUGGCCAAUUUUAUCACCCCCAUCAUCUUCGCCAAGAUCAUCCACUACGAGGAUUACUCCCCAGGCUUUGAGAUCCGGCUGACCAUUCUUAGGUGUGUCUUCAUGCGACUGGCCACCAUCUGUGUGCUGGUGUUCACCCUGGGCUCCAAGAUCACGUCCUGUGAUAACGACACCCUCUGUGAACUCUGUGGCUACAACCAGAAGCUCUACCCGUGCUGGGAGACCCAAGUCGGGCAGGAAAUGUACAAGCUGAUGAUCUUCGACUUCAUCAUGAUCUUGGCUGUGACCAUCUUUAUAGAUUUCCCAAGAAAGCUCCUGGUGACCUACUGCUCCUCUUGGAAGCUGAUUCGGUGCUGGGGACAGCAGGAAUUUGCCAUUCCCGAUAAUGUCCUGGGGAUCGUGUACGGGCAGACCAUUUGCUGGAUCGGAGCCUUUUUCUCACCCCUUCUUCCUGCAAUUGCAACCUUGAAAUUCAUUAUUAUCUUUUACGUGAAAGAGUUGAGUCUUCUUUAUACCUGCAGACCCUCCCCACGGCAAUUCAGAGCAUCCAAUUCCAAUUUCUUCUUCCUGUUGGUGUUGUUGAUUGGGCUGUGUUUGGCGAUAAUACCUCUGACGAUCAGCAUGUCCCGCAUCCCUUCCUCAAAAGCCUGUGGGCCGUUCACCAGCUUCAACACCACGUGGGAUGUCGUCCCCCGGACGGUGAGCACCUUCCCCAGCUCGCUGCAGUCCCUGGUCCAUGGCAUCACGUCGGAAGCCUUUGCAGUGCCUUUCUUCAUGAUCAUCUGCCUCGUCAUGUUCUACUUCAUCGCCCUGGCCGGAGCGCACAAACGGGUGGUUGUCCAGCUCCGAGAGCAGCUGUCCCUGGAGAGUCGGGAUAAGCGCUAUCUGAUCCAGAAGCUAACAGAAGCCCAGAAGGAUGUGCGGAGCCAUUAGGCUGAGCCUGGAGACACCGCGCUGCGUGCUUCUCAGCUGGUGACUGUCGCACCCACGGAGCCCCCCUGGGUUUUGAGCAGAAAUUUUGAAAUAUAUUUUUCUGGAAUUUAGGCUUUUCCUGACGGGACUCUGUGCAGCUCCGGUGGCCUGGUUACAGAACCCAGCCUCUAAUUAGGGCUUUUGGUGACGUGGUAAAAGCAGGUCAAGUGCCAGGUCUUCGCCUGUAGACCCAACAGCUCAGUGAGGACCCUACCUGAGAAACGAACUUCUUAUGCCAUUUAAGCCUUUACAACAAAAUCCGAAUGGGAGAGACAUACUUUUUAAAAAGCUUAUUGUGUUGUCUUUUGAAGUUAAGCAGAGGUCAUCCAUUUCUGAAACUGGGUUUCAUUGGAACCCAUGUCUAGAAACUGAAGAGGGUUCCUUAAAAAAAAGUAGUGUCCCUCUUGAAUGGUCUGAAGAGAAAUCCUUGAAUCUUGAUGUUUAGAAUAGGUGGUGAGAACAGGGAGAGGAUCAUCAUGAUCUGCUACCUGCUAGCAGAAGGGAAGAAAAGUGGGUCCCUGCUUUGUGAAUACAUGAAUAAGCAGUCCCUGAAGUGUCCCCAUCAGUCCUCUCCAGGAGGGGCCUUGUGGCCUUGUUUUCUGAGCUAUCUGGGUAUUUCCUGCAGCCUUAAGUUAUCACUCAGGGGAAAACCUCCUUCAGCCGACUCUCCUCUACAAGCCUCAGUUUCCAUCUGGUCCUGAGUUCUGAGAUUUGGCAAGAGGAACCUGUACCAUCAAAAGUAGGAGGCUUGUUCAUCUCAGUGUUCCACUGCCCUUCUUGCCCCAAGGUCCCCAUUUCUGAAGGACACUUCACAUUCCUGAGCCAGGCUGGAAAGAGCUGUUGAGUAACUGCAGCUGAGAGUUACAUGCCUGAGUGUUCCAGGGUGGAGAUCACAACUCAGCCAGUCCAACAGUCCAGUGAAAAUAUACCAAACCAGACUGGAUCAGCCCUGGUUUUUAAGUACACAUUUCCACAUUUUCAAGAGCUAUUGUUUGCUUUCCUGUGCUGAACAUUUUUAAAUGCAUAGGCCUUUAUUUUGCAUUACACGAGCAGAAUCUUUCUUAAGAUUUCCGUUAUGGUAACAGCAAUUUCUGUUAUGGUGAAGACCAUAUGCAAUAAAUACCUCAUUUUAAAUGUACCUGAAAUUGAUAACCCUGGACCUUUUAGUAGAAGGCCUAAGUUAUUGCUUAAUAUAACCUGUUUUCAUUUCAUGUCUCAAAAUCUUUUCUUAAAGUACUGUAAUUUUGUAAUAGACCGUUUUCUUCCUGCCAUUAUUUUUCUUCCUUUCUCUGGUUCCAAACCUUUCCUGGAAUUUAAAGUUGGAUACAGGUUUUGGAAAGCUGCUUCUAAGAAUAAUGUCCACCUACCCCCUCAACAUCAUCCCAGUACUCAAAACUGAUUAGCUCCUUGCUCUGAGGGGGAAAGCAAGCUGUCGGAGCUUAUAGAUUUCUAUACUCGUGUUCCUUUGUUGCAAUCUUUUUUUCUUUCUUUUUGGGGAUGGGGAUCAAAUCCAGGUCCUCACACAUGCUAAGCACACACUCUUACCGAGCUACAACCCCAGCUCCAACUUAACCUUCUUCUUCCACAAAAGUCGUAUUAACAGGAAUAUUUUUGUUCCUGUUGGACUGAUGAGUUUUUCAAGUUUUGUUACAGUUGAUGAGUUUCUAAAUGUAACUGGCAUCAUGGCAUUUUGAGAAACCGAAAGUUCAUUCUAGCAUUUCUGAAAAAACAAGUUUUAAUUGUAAGCAUUUCUGCAUAGUGCCUCUGUGCCUCUGUGCCUCUGUAUGUAUUAUGUCUCUGCCCGUACCAGGCUUCUAAAGAGAGUCGUGUGUGUGUGUGUGUGUGUGUGUGUGUGUGUGUUUAAUAAAAUGAAAAUAUAUUGCUGUUUUCAUUCCGUUUUAAAACUGAUACUGAAACAAAUAACAGUAGUUUUAGUUAAAAUGCUGCUAAUUUGCAUACCUCUUACUUGAAUGUUUUGAUAUGUUUUGAUAAGUUUAAUAAUUCCAAGUGAUGUCUGUAUAAUUUUUAAAGUACGGCUGUCUAACACAUGUGCAUUAAAACUACUGAUUAAACAGCAUCUUUAAGGUUUUAA